UCAGACCUCCAUUUCCCUCCCCGAUUCAAACCCUAGAAAUCUCGAAAACGAAGGCUACCGAAAGCUUGGAUUUCAGACUUCAAUGGUGGACCCCUCAACAUUUGUGGUGAGAUUUUGAGGUUGGAAAUUGCUUGUUAGAGGACACUCCACAAGAGAACUUUGCUUUCAUGCCUGUUUUAGUUAUAUUGGAAUUACCUACUAUUGGAAACUCAAAUGAUUGGAUCUCCCAUACGAGUGACGAAUCUUUGACUUUGUUCAUCUAUUGAGUUAAUUUUGUAAGCACUAACAAAUUUUUCUGUUGAAAUUCUGGGGUCGAAUUAUCUAUGCCUGGCAACGAAGUUGGAGACAGGCUUCACAAUUUUUUUGCUCAAGACAACUUGCCCCAAGGCCAACAUCACUCACAGGUUGUUGACGGAAGUUGGCCGGUGCCAAGUAACAAUCCGUGGGCUGGAAGCCAGAGAAAUAUCGGCUUACCAAGUUCCAAUUCAAAAAAUUACAAUCUACAGCAAUCAGAUAUUGAGAGAGGGCAUAGCAGUCAUUCUUUUUCAGUGCAAGAUGGCUUAAACCUUACACGAUCAACUUUGAGGCCUGAGUUUGCUAAAACUCAGUUUCAAAGCCAACAGCCAAAUUUGAAUGGCUAUAUGCAUGGACACCAGAUAUUGCAGACAAGACAGAAUGAAGCAAACUUUUUGGGAGUGGAUACAGAAACUGAUCACCAUAAUAUGAGAUCAGGAGGCUUAUCUACCUAUGAAUCACAACAAAUGAAUGUUACUGAAAAUCAUAAUUCUUCAGUUAGGUCAGAAUCAUCCGAAUCUCCUGUUAGUUUUGAUUUUUUUGGUAGUCAACAACAGAUGAGUGGCCAGCAAACAGGCAUGCUGCAUUCUUUGUCGCGGCAGCAGUCUGGGUUCAGUGACAUUCAACUACUGCAAAACCAGGUUAUGUUGAGGAAAAUGCAAGAGCUUCAGAGGCAGCAACAGAUUCAGCAACUAGAAGCUGUUAGACAACCGAAUUCAGUAAAUCAGAUUCCUUUCAUUACAAAACAGGCAUCUGGCGGCCAUUCACCUGCCAUUAUUAAUGGCACUCCCAUUUCUCCAAUUACUGAAGCAUCAAAUUAUCCUUGGGUUACUGAGCCUACUGCAGGUAACACAAACUGGCUGCAGCGCACUCCUGCUAUUCAAGGAUCCUCGAAUGGAUUUAGAUUUUCCCCUGAGCAAGGCCAGGCACUGAGCUUAAUGGGUGUAGUUCCUCAACAGGUUGAUCAAACUCUGUAUGGGGCCCCUUUUUCUAAUACAAGGAUUGCUUCACACCAGUAUUCUCAUAUCCCAAUUGAUAAGCCUCCAAUGCAGCAAGUGACAAUGCUCAGUAAUUCCUUUCCAGGUAAUCAAUAUACAGGAGACCCAGAUCAGGUUAACAUGCAGGAUGAGUCUUUGCUUUCUAGACAAGGUUUUCAAGGGGAAAAUAUGUUUGGUCAUGCUUCUAGACAAGGCCUCAAUAGUGGGAUGGAUUUGGAGAAACUUCAGCAAGUAAAUGCCCUGCAAAGCAAUGCACAUGUGCAGGAGUUCCAUGAGAGUCAGGAGCUAGUUGAUCCAUCAAAAACAUUGCAGGAAAAAACAUUAAUGCAGGUCUCUUCUUCACAGAAUGUGGUUUCCCUAGACCCAACUGAAGAGAAGAUUUUGUUUGGGGAUGACAAUAUAUGGGAUGCUUUUGGCAGUAGUGCCAACAUGGGUGUAGGUGGUUUCAAUCUGUCAAGUGGUACAGGGUUUUCGAAUGGACUUCCUUCCUUACAAAGUGGGAGUUGGAGUGCUCUUAUGCACUCUGCUGUUGCAGAAACAUCUAGCAAUGACAUAGGGUGUCAGGAAGAGUGGAGUGGUUUGAGUUUUCAGAAUACUGAAGUUCUGCUGCGGAAUUCUCAGCCUUCAACAUUUGAAAACAAUACAAAACAACAAACAGUUUUAGCUGAUAACAACUUGCGGAUUUCAUCGAUGUUGAGUUCUGGAUCUGUUCCUCCAUCUGAUGUCAAUAUUAAUAAUAGCUAUCAGGGAGUUCCAGAAUUUCAACAACCUGGACAGAAAUUUUCAUAUGAGCAUGCUGAUAGGCUGCAGAUGGAUUCUACUCACCAAUCCAUUCAGCAGUCUUCAGAAGGAGGAAGCCAGUGGUUAAGUCGCAGUCCUCUACAAAAGCCUCUUGCUGAAAGGAGUCAGAUGUAUGGAAAUGCUGCUCAUUCUUUAGAUGCUGAAAUGAAUGCCAAGAGCAUUUCAGGAUCUUGGGCUCAUCAACAGAAUGAUUCCUCUUAUGUAUCUGGUCAGCCACACAAUGAACCCAAUGGUCGUGAUGUUAGUGAGUCUUUAUCACCUAGUGGGGAUGCGCCAUCGACAGUUGAUGGGAAUGUAAACAAAUUGCAACGUAUGCACAGUACUGAUCAAAAGAAAAUGAUGUAUGAAGCAAGUCAUGGUGGUUAUAUAUGGAAAGCUGAUUCUGGUCCAAAUUCAACCGUUGGAUUGGAGCAUGUAAAGUCUGCCAUGGGAAGUCCACAGGUUAACCGAAUGGAUGAUAGUUUGAAUAAUCUUGCUGCGAUACCAAGUUCUAGCACUGCAAGGGCCAGCCUGGACACCAGCCAACUGCUUCCCAAUAGUCAUAACCUUAAUUACUGGAAACAUGCUGAUUCUUCAAUGAAUAACAAAGGAAGUGAAAAUUCAGGGAGAUCCCAGCAUCAUCUGAACAAGGGCCCUCAGGUUUUGGAAUCGUCCUUAAACAGCUCACAUAAGGAUGCAGUUAAAACGCAUGAUUUGGAGAACUGUGAUAGAAAAGAGAAUUCUAGUGACAGCCAUCGCUCUAACUUAUCCAAGCACACUACUACUGGUGGUUUAAGGGAAAAUGUUUGGUCUGAUGGAAGUGAUUCACGGAAUUUGCCUGGAGGAAAGCAAAAGUCAUCUGGUCAGGCUGGCAGAAAAACUCCUGCCCCUCGCAAAUUUCAGUAUCAUCCAAUGGGAAACUUGGAUGAGGAUGUAGAACCUUCUUAUAGGAUGAAACAGGCUCCCCAUUCACAGGUCGCAUCCCAGCAGAUUCCUCGAGCAUCAUAUAAUCACAAUGAGGGUUAUUUUGGGCAGUCCAAAUUUUUUGGACAGUUCCCUAAAACUUCUACUGAAAUGGAAAAGGGGCAUUCACCUGAUCUUCAAGCAAACAAAAAAGGGGAAGAUGAGGUGCCUUCCAGAGGCACUCAUCCAGGUUUUGCACCUAAUGCUUCUGCUCCCUUUGACAGAUCUUCUGGCAUAUAUGCACCGAAUAAGGCUGCUCAAUCAAGUCAAAAUAUGCUCGAGCUUCUUCACAAGGUGGAUCAAUCCAAGGAACAUGGUAAUUCUGAUGGAUCUUUUGGUCACCAUCAACAAAAUCAAUCUUCUGUUUCUCAAGGUUUUGGUUUACAACUUGCACCUCCAUCACAACGUCUGCCUGUCCAAAACCGUGCAUUGGCUUCUCAGAGCUCUGCACAGACUGUCGGUUCUUUUAGUUCAAGUCAUACCUCUCCUGAGAUAAGAGACACAGGUCAUGCACAGUUGGGUUCUGCAGCUCAAGAACAGUCUUUGCCUUCUCAUGAAACAUCUCAAGGAGAAUUCAAGUUUAAUAAAAUUGGUAUUCCAGGCCAAACCGGCAUUGAAGCCUCAGAGUAUGGUAUGCAGGGAAACUUCUCUUCAGCAUUGACUUCUGGUUUUCCCCAUUCAAGAGGUCAGCUUCAAAAUGAACAAAUGAUUGAUGCUAGUGGAAAAAUGACAACAAAUCAACCCAAGAAUGUAUCUUUCAAUAGGCAUGCUUCUCAUUUUCAACAGACUGAUGAUUCUACCAUUAGAGCAUCAGGAGACAGAUCCCAGCCUACUGAUGCCAAUCAUUCUUAUGAAAUAGCCUCUGCCGCACAAAUUUUGGUGGGGCGGGCUAUGCCAUCCUCUCAGCCUUUUAUUGCUUCUGGCAUCUCUCAACCUGGUGCUUUUCCAAAAAUGGUGCCUAAUCCAUGGAUUAAUGUUCCUGGUCAGCAACAUUUGUUAGGCGCCCAACCUCACAAAUUUCCUCCGAGUAUUUUCCAAUCCAGUGAAUCAAAUAAUAAUGUGGUAUCAACUUCAUCCACACCACAGGAUCAAGAAGAUCAAGAUGAAGAAAGAGGGAAAGGCCUGUCUGAGUCUGGUGCGAAUUCUAUGGACUCAGAAGGUUUUGUUCGUGGGGAAGAGCAACCAGCAAAGGAAAGCAUCGGUCAGCUCAGAUCUUCUGGGAACACUGACUCAGCUGAAAAGGUGAGUGCAUCCCUUGGGAAAGAAACUGUUGUCAAGAAUCUGUCUGAGGCCUCUCCUUCGAAUUCUGCUUCAACUCAGAGAGAUAUUGAAGCCUUUGGUCGUUCUUUAAAGCCAAAUAAUUCUAUGCAUCACAAUUACUCCUUACUUAAUCAAAUGCGGACGAUGAGGAGUACAGAGAUUGAUCCGAGUAAUAGGGGCUUGAAGAGAUUGAAAGGAGCAGAUAGUGGUCUGGGCUGUCAGAUAGGUGCCAAGGCCGGGCAGCCAAAUGAGCAGAAUGUUAUGGUUGGAGAUUCAUUGGUUCAACGUAGUGCUAUUCCAUCUGGUGACUCGAAAAUGCUAAGCUUCUCAGGGCCAAUGGAAAAUUGGGAAAGAAAUGUUCCGUCUCAACUUGGAAAUGCACCUUCUCAGGAUGUGCAUGCUUUAGUUUGGAAGGAUUCUGAGAAUUACACUCAUAGUACAGCUUCUGUUAGAGUUGAAAAUUCUCAGAUUAGUCCCCAGAUGGCACCCUCCUGGUUUAAUCAGUUUGGAACCUUUAAAAAUGGGCAGAUGUUGACAGCGUAUGAUGCACGAAAAAAUACAACUGUAAAGACUGUGGAACAACCGUUCACACUUGGGAAGCCUUAUGAUAGUUUGAAUGCACAUAAUUCAUUGGAGCAAUUAAAUGCUGCCGCUGAUUCAAAUCAGGUGGGUAAUAUCAGGCAGAGGUCAAUCCCCAGUUCUGUAGCAAUUGAGAGUUUCUCUUCUCACCUGUCACGAGUCCAGGAUUUCACUGACCAACGUUUGGUUGUUGCGAGACCCAAGAAGAGGAAGAGUGCUACAUCAGAGCUUCUUCCAUGGCAUAAAGAAGUGACACAGGGUUCACAAAGCCUUCUGACUAUAAGGGUGACAGAAGUUGACUGGGCCAAAGCAGCAAACCGGCUCAUUGAUAAGGUUGAAGAUGAAGCUGAAGUGAUUGAAGAUGGACUACUCAUGCUUAGACCUAAGAGACGGCUUAUCUUGACAACACAGCUAAUGCAGCAAUUGUUUCACCCUCCCUCGGCUGCUGUUCUUUCUGCAGAUGCCAGUUCAAACUGUGAGGCUUUGGAUUAUCUGGUUGCUAGACACACACUAGGGGAUGCGUGCAGCCUAAUCCCUUGUUCAGGAAGCGAUUUGUGUGUGCCUCUUGAUGACACAAACCUCUUGUCUGAUAAGCAUAAAGCAUCUGAGAGAAUUGGUGAUCAGCAUCUUUCAAAAGUUAUGGAAGACUUCAUUGGUAGAGCAAGGAAGCUAGAAAAUGAUUUCAUGAGGUUGGAAAAGAGAGCAUCGGUGUUAGAUUUGAGAAUUGACUGCCAAGAUCUUGAGAAGUUUUCUGUGAUCAAUCGUUUUGCUAUGUUCCAUGGUCGGGGGCAGAAUGAUGGGGCCGAGGCCUCAUCAUCCUCUGAUGCUGCUGCAAAUGCUCAGAGACUCUGCCCCCAGAGAUAUGUUACUGCACUUCCAGUGCCUAGGAAUCUCCCUGAUAGGGUACAAUGUCUUUCACUAUGAUCUUUAAUUUAUUUAUUUGUGCCCUUUCUUGGUCAACAUUCUUGCAUUCCUCUGCUUCUAUGACCCAUUUUCUUGCUAGUUUACGUGCUUUGGCAAUUGCACAGACACCAUAGAAUCAUACAACAUGGAAAUGCAGGUGAAGAAUGGAUUACUAGAUUUUAAAAGGAAUUGAGGCUGUUUGAUAUUUUCUCCAUCUAGGCCAUCGAUGUCAUUCUUGAGAAAUAGAAGUUUAGAGUCCUUGUACAUCUCUGUGAAAUUUUAAAGAUACUUGGCGUGCCCCGUCAUUUUUCCAGUAAAUUGGGUGGAAUAUAAGUGGAGCCCGUGGUUAGCAAAAAAUAUCCUCUGGUAUAUAAAUCUGUAUUUACUUGUGGUUUUUGAGCAUGGUAUUCGAUUUGCUAAUUGAUGGUUAGUUUCAUUUGGGCCAAGGUGUGGCAUUUCUCCAUUCUUCCAUUAAAUUGCUGCGUACUUCUUGAAUUUUGGCAUGGUUUGCAAACAUAGUCCAAAGUUCCACCAAACUGGGAAAAAAAAUUGAAGUAGAAUAAAGUUGAACGAAACUUUUGAACUUUGGUGUCCAAGUUGUGAUGUACUUGGUAGUUAUGGUUGGAUUUGUUGUCUUGAGCCAUUUGGAUGGAAUGUAGCCAUUGUAUACCAAAUUUUGAUUA